AUGUGUGGUUGGGGGUGUGGGGUGCGGGGGAGUUGGGUUGUGUGGGUGGGCCGAGUGAAGGGGUUGGGUGGUGCUGUUUGGUUUGUGGGGGUGGUGUGGGGACGAGGUGGAGUGAGUGGGUGUGGGUGGAGGUGGUGUGGUGGAUUGGGCUUUGUGGUGGGGAGUGUGGGUUGGUGGAGUGUGGUGGGGUGGGAUGUGGUUGGGGGGGUGUGGUGUAGUGGGUGGGGUGGGUGUCAGGGGGUCGGGUGGGUGUGUCUGCGGGGGGUUUGGAUUGUGUUUGGUGUGUGUCGUGUUGGGUUGUUGGGGGUGUUGGGACGAUUGGUGGUGUGGGGGUUUCGGUGGUGGGGUUGGGGUCGUGUGGUAGUGGUGAUGUGGUGGUAG